AUGUCAUACACUGAGUUCGGCUAUUCGUAUUCAGCAGCGCCCCAGAUCCUGUUAUCAUCUAACACUCUUGGUUCCUGUUACGAGUCCAGGAGCGAAUCUCCAUUCGAUUCUGCGCAGACUUCUCUUUACUGCCCAGUGUACGAGGGCACGUUGGUGACGUCCACCAGACACGACCUCAGCUCUCCUUAUGAGAACGGAUACACGAAAGAUCACGGGACAUACUGUUCGUAUAGAACGGAUUCAACAUGCCUGUAUUCCCUGGGUAAGAUCAGAGAGAAGACAGACUCAGGAACGGCAAAUACAAGGAUCACACAUGGCUCGACUUAUUACUCCUACAAUCAUCCAUUUGGAUGCCAGUAUGACUCAUAUGGGUAUGGAUCUGUGGAUGUUAACACGAGAAGGAAGAACGCAACCAGAGAGACCACCAGCACGCUGAAAGCCUGGUUGCAGGAACACAAAAAGAACCCGUACCCCACCAAAGGAGAGAAGAUCAUGCUGGCUAUAAUUACCAAAAUGACCUUGACACAGGUGUCCACGUGGUUCGCCAACGCACGCCGCAGACUCAAGAAAGAGAACAAAAUGACAUGGUCCCCACGCAACAAGUCCUCAGAGGAGAGAGGCUGUGAUGAGGAAGCUGAGAAUAUCGAAGGGGAGCCCAUUCAAUCCGAGAAGGAAUUUGAGGACAACCCAAGGGUGGAUGAUGCAGAUCCAACACAAAGCGAUUUGGAAGAUUUCGACCUUACCGAAUCAGAUGCCUCUGAAUGUGAACCAAAACCUUUGUUACCCAUGAGCACUUAUGCAAUAUCACAGGACUGUCCAGCUUAUCGACUCAGAGAACCGCUGCAACAUGCGUCUCCUCCUGACACGAGGUACAACGGUUUUGAUAAAACCAGCUUGGAAUCGACGAGCGAAGAUAGCCACUACCCUGAGCAAGAAGAGACCAAGCCAAAAAUUUGGUCGCUUGCACAGACGGCCACGUCAUUAAAUCAGGCUGAUUACACGUCGUGCAUGCACAGGGGUCGGGUCGUGCGCUCGUCCUCCACGGACUGCCAUUUAGACUUAGAGGACUCUCCGUUCACCAGCCUCAGAAACUGGGUAGAUGGCAUGUUUCAUGAUCCACUGCUAAGGCAAAGCGACUUAAACCAGACUUUCUCCAACUCAAGUUUAUGGAUGUUAGAGAACAGAUUCCAUGAACUGACAGAUUGUGUUCCCUCAUCCCAGAUCACAUGAUCAA